CGCUGUGAAACGCAGAUGCUCGUGUGUGUGAAGCGCUUAUUCCGCUGGAUGUUAUUGAUCCACGCGAGCUGAACACCCUCUGUUCAUAAACACACCGGGUUACGGAUUUUAAACGAGGACUGAGAUAAAUAACAUCAGUUUAUGUCGUAUAUUCCACACAAAACAGUACCUUUAUUGUAAAUGCAGCAGAUAAACCCUUCAUUAUAAGGAACACAUCUGUGUCUGGAGCGCGUUCUCAUCACAACAUUUCUAUAUUUUGCAUUAAUCUGCAGAUAUGGACGAAGACAAUCAAGUUCCUGAAGACCUGUCCUUAGAGGAGCGAGACGAGCUGUCCAAUAUACGGCGCAGGAAAAAAGAACUGCUUGAUGAUAUUGAGCGCUUGAAGUUUGAGAUCGCUGAAGUGAUGACAGAAAUCGAGCAGCUCACGUGUGUGGGCGAGAGCAAAACAACACAGAGAAACAAACAAAUUGCAAUGGGAAGAAAGAAAUUCAACAUGGACCCCAAAAAAGGGAUCCAGUUUCUUCUGGAGAACGACCUCCUGCAGCAGACGCCUGAAGACAUCGCUCAGUUCCUCUAUAAAGGAGAAGGCUUGAACAAAACCGUCAUUGGGGAUUACCUGGGCGAACGGGAUGAUUUCAACAUCAAAGUGCUCCAGGCUUUUGUCGAGCUCCAUGAGUUUGCCGACCUCAACCUCGUUCAGGCUCUGAGGCAGUUCCUCUGGAGUUUCAGACUCCCUGGCGAGGCACAGAAGAUUGACCGAAUGAUGGAGGCGUUUGCGUCCCGGUACUGCCAGUGCAACCCGGGAGUCUUUCAGUCCACAGACACAUGUUACGUCCUGUCCUUCGCCAUCAUCAUGCUGAACACCAGCCUUCACAACCCCAACGUCAGGGACAAACCGGCCGUAGAGCGCUUCAUCUCCAUGAACAGGGGCAUUAAUGAGGGCGGAGACCUGCCGGAGGACCUGCUCAGGAACCUGUACGAGAGCAUCAAGAGCGAACCCUUCAAAAUCCCAGAGGACGACGGCAACGACCUCACACACACGUUCUUCAACCCGGACCGAGAAGGCUGGCUCCUGAAGUUAGGUGGACGAGUAAAAACUUGGAAGAGGAGAUGGUUUAUUCUGACCGACAACUGCUUGUACUAUUUUGAGUACACAACAGACAAGGAACCACGAGGAAUUAUCCCUCUGGAGAACCUCAGCAUCAGAGAGGUGGAGGAACCCAGGAAACCUAACUGCUUUGAGCUGUACAAUCCCAACCAUAAAGGACAGGUGAUCAAGGCAUGUAAGACGGAGGCCGAUGGGAGGGUGGUGGAGGGAAACCACGUCGUCUACAGGAUAUCAGCUCCCACACCAGAGGAGAAGGAGGAAUGGAUCAAAUCCAUUAAAGCAAGCAUCAGCCGGGACCCUUUCUACGACAUGCUGGCCACCAGGAAGAGACGCAUCGCCAACAAGAAGUGAAAUCUACAUCCAAACCUCUUCCUCAAAGCCGGUUCACAGCAACACACACUGCCUACUGGGACAGACUUUGUGCAGAUGUGUGUUUGAUGACGGGUUAGAGGA